UUUCGCCUUAGCGUACAGGCUUUGGCCUCGGGCAGGUAGGAUUGUUUUACUGCUGUAGGACGCUUUCAAAUAAUUGAUAGACAAAAUUCGCUUUGGUUUCGAUUUUGUGUAUAGAUUUUAACAAUUUAUCAAAAACACCACAUUUAAAAUGUCCCUCAAAACGUACGGCGACAAGCCGGUAAGCUUCCAAAUCGAAGAAAAUGGAGAAUAUUUCUGCAUCGGCUCAGAGGUCGGAAAUUAUCUUCGAUUGUUUCGUGGUUUGCUAUAUAAAAAGUAUCCUGGCAUGCUCCGGCGUACACUGAGUCCCGAAGAACGAAAAAAGUUGCUUGACUCUGGAAUAAGUAAUCAAUUCCUGGCGAGUUCAGUUUCUCUACUGAGAGCAAAUGAAGUUCAGGAUAUCCUCGAAGGAAACGAUGAAAAAUACAAAGCCGUGUCGGUUACAACAUCCGAGCCGCCUGCUCCACGGGAGAGCAAAUCAAGUAAAAAACAACCCCCUUGGGUUCCCACGAUGCCGAAUUCCAGCCAUUUAGAUGCUGUACCGCAGGCCACUCCAAUUAACCGGAAUCGAGUACACAACAAAAAGAUUAGAACUUUUCCCAUGUGUUUUGACGAUACAGAUCCCACGUUAAAUGUCGAGAAUGCUUCACAGACAGAAAUUCUUGUUCCCGUUCGGUUGGAUAUGGAAAUCGAAGGUCAAAAAUUACGUGAUACCUUUACGUGGAACAGAAACGAAUCAAUGAUCACUCCGGAGCAAUUUGCCGAAGUUUUAUGUGACGAUUUGGACUUAAAUCCGACACCAUUCGUGCCGGCCAUAGCUGCUGCAAUUCGGCAGCAGAUUGAAGCUUAUCCCAGCGAACCAGUAGUUUUGGAAGAGGGCUCUGACCAACGAGUUCUGGUUAAGCUCAACAUUCACGUGGGCAACACGUCUCUGGUCGAUCAAGUCGAGUGGGACAUGGCUGAGAAAGAAAACAAUCCAGAGGAUUUUGCUGUCAAACUGUGCGCUGAGUUGGGCUUGGGUGGGGAAUUUGUGACCGCUAUAUCCUACUCGAUUCGGGGUCAAUUGUCCUGGCAUCAGCGCACUUACGCGUACAGUGAAGCGCCCCUGGCAACGGUUGAAGUACCCUUUAGAGCACCGAGUGAUGCAGACCAAUGGGCACCGUUCCUGGAAACACUAACCGACGCCGAAAUGGAGAAAAAGAUCCGAGAUCAGGAUCGUAACACGCGACGAAUGCGUCGGUUGGCUAAUACCUAUACGUAAGCGGCUCGUUCCGGCAGGAGUCAUGGAUAUACUUGUAUCUUUUCUUUAAUGUGCUAGAUUAUUAGUUGAUAAGAGACGCUCAUCGUCUGUAUUGCUAUUACAAAUUAAUAAUUCAUAAAAUAUAUGUCUACUGUGGAACUGUCCAUUUAUGCACAAAA